UUUGCAUACAAACAACAAAACGCUACAAACAAAUUUUCGCUAGAUUUACACGCGAUUCAUUAUAGCCAACAUUGCAGACUAACACAAAAAUGUCACUUGAGAACAGCUCUUCACCUCAGUAGACGUCAAAGCGUUAUGCAUACUCGUGAAAUAAGGUAUACAGCAGGUGGAUAAUAACGAAGGUUGAGCCUUACUACAACAAGAUUUAACCAUUCAACAAAAAAAUAGUUAGUCACGUGAGGACCAUUGCCACGCCCCUCUUCCCACUUAACAGCACACUAGAUCAGUUAACCUCAAUUAAGAAUAUUUCAAACAAUAUUCGAAAAAGUGAUAACGUCCUAUCUCCUAUCAGUUCUGUAUCAGUUUUUAUAAUUAAAUCUUAGUGAUCACAUCAAGCAUUUGUUCAUACUCAAGAAUCGAAUAUUUGUGGAAGAAUUUUUGUGAUAUCCACGUAUAAUGUCAUUCAGUCAUGCACUCUUUAAAGCAUUUGUAGCAAGAAACGCCAGUUACGUGAUCAAAAAAGCAUUUAGCAAGAAAUAUUUGUUGUUCACAAAUAUAGGGAUUUCCUGUAGCCUAUCUGGACUAGGAGACGUCAUAGAGCAGCAGGUCGAAUACUACCAAGGCGUUAUAAAACGAUGGGACCCAAUAAGGACUCGAAAUAUGGCCAUUGCAGGAAUAUCCGUGGGGACUGUGUGUCAUUUCUGGUACAUGAACUUAGAUAAACUUAUACCAGGACAGACUCUCAGGAUUGUUUUCACUAAAGUCAUGUUGGACAUGUUGAUAGGCUCCCCAUUGUACCUAAGUGCAUUUUUCGUUACCCUUAAUGUUGCCGAAGGAUCAACUAAAGAACAAAUUGUGGAAGAAUUCAAGGAUAAGUCGUGGAAACUGUACCUAGCAGAGUGGAUAAUUUGGCCCCCAGCCCAGUUUGUGAACUUUUAUUUCUUAUCUACAAAGUAUAGAGUAUUGUUUGACAAUGGGGUUUCACUACUUUACGAUGUUUUUGCAUCUAAAAUUAUGUUCAAUCACCGUGAUACAGACACAGACGAUUUAAAGAAGCAAUCAUGAUGAUUGUAUAGACAAAAUUUUAGUAUUAUGAUAUAAUCAUUGUACAUAAUAUAAAC